GUCAACCGGGUAAUGAAGAAGUUCUCAGGCAUCCUCUCAGCAAUCUGUUUUGUGUUUGAAGAUGCCGAGGAGAGGCAGUGAAGAGACAGGGCAAUCAAGAAUUGGCUUCAAAUGCUUAAAAAUGUUGCAGAGGAGUUGGAUGACACUUUGGAUGAGUGUUAAAUAGAGGCACUAGUAGUGGUGUACAAAAGGCAGCGGUCUAGAUCAACCCAAAAGUUAGGAGCUUCUUUCGUAUCCUCUUUGAAUCCAAUAAAUACUAUCUCAUCUCUGUAUUGCAAAUGAGCAUAUUCAGUUUCACUUGCAUGUUUCCAAACAGUCAUCACAAUCUUUCUUCCCUUCAAUAUCUAAGCCUCUCAGGCUAUGGCUACUCCAAUCAAGAUGAAGAUGAUAAUUCGCAUAAUCUCACUGUUCAUCCUACAACUUUGUCUGAGGCCUUACAGCAUCUCCCUUCCCUCCAACUGAAUAUAUAUCAGAUUCCAAACCUCUCAUUGUUGCCUGACUGGCUUGGAAACUUUACAUCUCUUUAUUCAUUAUCUGUAAGAGUUUGUCCCAAAGUGUCAUCUCCACCAAGAAGUACCCAAAAUCUUGCCAAUUUAAAAGAUUUGCAAAUUUCAUAGAGCAAUGUGAAAAGGAAACAGGAAAAGAUUGGCAUCAAAUUGCCCACAUUCCACGUAAACACUUGCAGUCUCCAAGCAACUGACUGGCAUAAGAAGGUCUUCCAAAUUGUUGCCUAUGGGGGCAUUUUACCAGAGGUUUCUAUUGUAUCAAUCUAUCUUUGUGUGGUUCCUGUUGAAGAGUAUACUCGGGGGUGGGGUGUUUACCAAAAACACAGGUCUCCGCAAAGUCGUAAGACCAUGUAUGGUGGCUGAUGGUGACAAUCACAGGUCGUGAUGACUAUUUUUCUUGAGAAUAUAUGAAUGGCAAUAGUAGUUAAAGACAAUAUGUAAUAUGUAUCACAGAGAAGUUUACACACUUAUUGGUUUAUGCUUACUAGUUUCACUUUAAAACUUUAUGUCAUCAGGAAAGGGGAGAUAAAGUAGUGGAUAUGUCUGUCAGAAUAACUCUGGCUCCUGAGUAUGAGCUUCCACAUGCUACUCAGCACUUCCUUUAAGAUUCUCUAAUGGAAAUAUCUAUUUCAUACUUACAAUUAUAAUGUUACUAACCUGUUAUUGUACUAGUAUCUGCAGGAAACUGGUAACAAAGCUCCUCCUGGUGCCGUUUCUGCACUUUACAAGGCAUAGGAUGUUGUCAGGGAUUCUUUUCUUUUACUUUGGUCAAGUAAUGACCAAAAUUUUGCAUCAGCUGCUUCGUUCGCCUUACGUGGUCAGUCUCAUACACUUUGAACUCUAUGUAAACAUGGAGAAAUGCCCUAAAUUGAACUUAAAUUGUCUUCGGUCAAUCAAAGAUUUGAAAAUAUGGGAAUCCUGUGAGACACUUAAAUUCAAUUUAAAAUCUCCAUACCCUGGCAUGAUGAUUUGGCCUCCUUUCCUAUUAGGGUGCUACAAAAUCUCACCAUUCUCCGAUCACUUAAGAUUACAAGAUUCAGCUAAUUGCGCUAAGCACUUUGGAUCUGUUACCUGUCACUUCUUGCCAUAUGCUUGAGUAUUUUCCAAUGGAAAUAUUUUAAGACUCAAAUAGCCUUACAAGUAUCACGUUCAGUGAAGACUGUAUCAUGUUCAACAGUGAACAUGAUUGUCCAGAGUUGGAGGCAUUCCCAAAUGGUCUUAACAAUCUUUCUUACCUCUGACAUCCGGUGCUGUCAUGUUCACAAAAUCUCGGUGUUCCUCAUCCUAAGUUACAAAGUUGCCUGAGGCCUUACACAGCAUCUCCCGUCCCUCCAAUUUAUGAAUAUAUUUUAAGUUGAAAAAGGUUAGAUAAAAAAUUUGUAUUGUGUUAGAACCAAUAAACAAUUAGAGAAAUACUACAAAAGAAAGGAUUUAAUUUCCUUCAUUGGCUAUUAUUUACACAAUUAUUUUGAACUCCAAAGAAUAUUCCACGAUAAUGAAGCCAAAAUUAAAGAGUCAUCGUCUUUUGUCCGUACCGCCUUAGAAUACACACUGCAGUAAUUUAAUAUUGUUAACAUGCAAGUGGAGCUAUAUGCUGCUGCAGAUUGAAAGUUCCUGGAGCUUUCUUGGCAUUGACUUUUCUGUACCUAACAAUCUUCAUAAAAAACACUCAUAUGUUAAGCCAUUUGGUUGAUAAAGUAGCAAGCUUAAUCCAUUAUUCCUCAACUUAAUUUCUUCAUCCGAAUUCAUUUGCUACUGUGACAAUGGCUGAAGCUUUACUUACUAUCAUGUUAGAGAAUCUGAACUCUUUGAUCCAGAAAGAGUUUGGAUUGCUUUGGGGUGUCAACAAAGAGAUGGAGAGGCUGUCUAGCAUCCUCUCAACCAUCCAUGAUGUUCUAGAAGAUGCAGAGGAGAAGCAGUUAAGAAACAGAGAGAUCAAGAAUUGGCUGCAAAAGCUUAAAGAUGUUUCUGGUGAGUUGGAUGACAUUCUGGAUGAGUGUUCAAUGGAGGCAUCACUGCUGGAGCACAAAAUGCAGAGGUUCCAAAAGGUAAAAGCUUCUUUCUUAUCAUUUUUAAACCCAAAAAAUAUUUGGUUUCGUUUUCAAGUUGCAAAAAAGAUGAAAGAUGUUUCAGAAAGAUUGGAUGAUAUUGCAAAAGAACGUGAGAAUUUUCAUUUGCGUGUGGUUGUUGAGGAUCAGAGACACGUCCAAGUAAGAAACAAACGUGAAACUGGCUCCAUUGUUCAUGAGCAAUAUGUGUAUGGAAGAGAAGAAGAUAAAGAUAAGAUUGUGGAGUUUUUGGUAGAGUCGAAUUCAAGCAAUUCUAAAGAGAGUCUCUCUACCUAUCAUAUUGUAGGUAUGGGAGGCAUCGGAAAGACUACCCUCGCUAAACUUGUGUACAAUGAUCCAAGGGUUGUGAAGCAUUUUGACAUGAAAAUAUGGGUAUGUGUCUCUGAGGACUUUGACGUGUGGAGAUUGAUAAAAGCUAUAAUAGAAUCUGCCUCUGGAAAUGCUUGUGAAGCUUUGGACAUGGAUCCUCUGCAGAAACGCCUCCAAAACAUGUUGGAAGGGAAGAAGUUUUUACUAGUUUUGGAUGAUGUGUGGAAUGAAGAUCAAGAUAAAUGGGAAGGGUUGAGAAAUGUACUUGCUUGUGGAUUAAAUGGUUCUUCAAUUGUAGUUACCACUCGUCAUGAAAAGGUUGCAUCAAUUAUGAGAGCAACACAAAUGCAUCAUUUAUCUAACUUAUCUGAAGAUGAAUGUUGGUUAUUGUUCAGCCAACGUGCAUUUGGCAAUGAAAGUGAAAAACGACCAAGUCUUGUGAAAAUUGGAAAGGAGAUUGUGAAGAAGUGCAAGGGAAAUCCGCUAGCAGCAAAGAGUUUAGGAAGCUUAAUGUACUCCAAAAGUGAGGAAAAGCAGUGGCUUUUGGUUAUGGAAAGUGAACUUUGGAAUUUACCACAAGAUGGAACUUCCAUCCUGCCAGCUUUGAGAUUGAGCUACUUUCAACUAACGGCUCAAUUACGAAGAUGUUUUGCAUUUUGUGCCAUUUUCCCCAAGGAUUUUCAAAUUGAGAAGGAAACACUAGUUCAUCUUUGGAUGGCUAAUGAUCUUAUAUCUCCCAGAGGAAACAUAGAGGUGGAAGAGAUGGGGAAUGAAAUUUGUAAUGAAUUAUAUUUGCGAUCAUUCUUUCAAGAUGCUGACAGGGAUGGACUUGGCAACGUUAAAAGUUUCAAGAUGCAUGAUCUAGUACACGAUCUGGCUCAAUGUAUUAUGAAGGAUGAAUGCACAGUUACCAAGUCUGAUUUGCCAGAUAUCUUUUCUACGUUUUACAACGGAAAAUCCUUGCGUACUUUACUGUUAAUGCAGAUGUCUAGCAGUAUGGCUCAAGCUAAGUUGCCUCAUCGCUUACAUUUUCCUAGUUUACGUGCUUUUGAUAUAAAAGAUUCUUUCAUCUUGAAGUUGAAGUCCUUAUCUACUCUAAUCAGUAAUUCCAAACAUCUAAGAUAUUUGAAUUUUUCAAGAACUAACAUUAGAAUCCUUCCUGAGUCAAUCUGUUUGUUGGUAAACUUACAGACUUUGGAUGUAAGUGAGUGUUAUAAUCUUGAGAAGCUACCAAAGCAUAUGAGUCGCAUGAGGAGUCUUCGUCAUCUUUAUAUUGAAGGUUGUCGUUCGUUAAAUCACAUGCCUCCUAACAUUGGGAAACUAAGUUGCUUAAGAAGUUUAAGUAGGUUUAUUGUGGAUAGGAGAAGAGGAUGUGAUAUAGAUGAAUUGGAAAGCUUAUUAAAUCUUGGUGGUAGUCUGAGAAUUGAACACCUUGAGAAAGUGAAGAGUCCAAUGAAAGCUAAAAAAGCCAAUCUAGUGGGAAAGACGAAUCUCCAAAGGUUGCAUCUGCAUUGGUAUUACAACCUAAUGAAGUAGGAGACCAAAAGCUAAAUGAGCAGGUACUUGAUGCUCUUGAACCUCCUCUGACUUUAGAACUUUUGGAAAUUUCAAAUUUUAGAGGUGGACAUUUGCCUCAUUGGUUCAGUCCAAACUUUGAAAAUUUAGUCAGCAUAUGUUUAAAUGGCUGGCAAAACAGUUUGGAACUUCCUACAGCCAUGGGGAAACUACCAUCUUUAACUUCUCUUUAUUUACGUGGUAUGGAUUGUUUACGGUAUGUGGAUAAUGAAUCCUAUAAUGGACAGCUAUUUGGCGGUUUCUUCCGCUUAGAAAAUCUUCAGAUUCAUAACUUACCGAACUUAGAAAAGUUAUGCAGGGCUGAAAGAAGCGACGUAUUCCCCCGCCUGUCUUAUUUGCACAUUGACGGAUGCCCCAAACUGACCUCCUUACAUUGUCUACAGUCAAUCCAGGAUUUAAAUAUAUUGGGAUGCAAUGAGACAGUGUUAGAAUCAGUUGCAAAUCUCCAUACUCUAACAUCACUUUACAUAUCUGAUAAUGAUGAGUUGGCUUCCUUUCCUAGUGGGGUCCUGCAUCAUCUCACCGCUCUCAAAGCACUUAAGAUUGUAAGAUUCAGGAAGCUUCAACAUUUGCAAUCUGACAUGCUUAUUGGCCUAACCGCUUUGAAAGAAUUAUCUAUCCGUUAUUGUGAUAUGCUGGAGUGCUUUCCUGUGGGAAUAUUUCAAGGCUUAAAUAGCCUUAGAAGGAUGCGCAUUGAGAAUUGUAACAAAUUGAAAAGUUUGUCAGAUAGUUUUGGAGACCUUACUGCCCUUGAAACAUUGGAGGUCAGUGGCUCUUCAGAGCUGGAGACUUUCCCAAAUGGUCUUAACAAUCUCUCUUCCCUCCAACGUCUGACUCUAUCAAAGUUGGCAGCUUUGCCUGACAACUUUCAGCAUCUCCCCUGCCUCCAAGACAUGAGUAUAUCUGGGUUUCCAAAUCUUGAAUUGUUGCCUAACUGGCUUGGAGACUUGACGUCUCUUUGUUCAUUAUCUAUUAGCAAUUGUCCCAGCUUGGAAUAUCUACCCACAAGUAUCCAAUUCCUCACCAACUUACAAAGCUUGCAUAUUGGAGAUUGCCCUAAAUUAGUUGAACGAUGUAAAAUGGAAAUGGGAGAAGACUGGCCCAGGAUAGCCCACGUUCCACGCCUCAGCAUGUGGCCUGCUAGCUAGCGACCAACCCAAAUAAGAAUAUGCUGCAAAUUGUUUGUUCUAAGUACAGGUUGAAAGAGUGAAGAAAGCAGUCAUAUCAGAGCAUUUGAUCUAUCUUCAAUCACAGGCUGAGUGUUUCUAUGUCCUUUUACUCAUUGUCACCAUAUUCACACACAGAGAUAAAUCAGCUGUUUUACUUACAAGGUAUCACUAAGUAGUUCUUCUUUAACAAUAUAUUUGAAUAUUUGUUGUUAUACUUGAUAACUACUAAUGUUUUCUGUCUGAUUGAUCUGAAAUAUAUAAUAUAACCUGAUAUACUAUCCCAAUUGAAAUUAAAGCUCAAAAUUAUCAAUUGAAAUAUGCAUUGAAUAGAUAUGUCCAGUACCUGGAUUUUUGGAUUAUAACGAGUGGCAAUACUUUAAAGAGAAAUCGUGGAAAGCAUAUUUAGAAGAUUUUAACAUACUUUUUGGCACUUGGUUUGCACUGAAAAGUUUCAGUUGAAAAUUAUUUCAUCAGGGGGAAGCUACAAUUAUGAAUGUCUGUGACAAUAAUUCUGCCACCAGAGUAUGAGAAGCUGCCACCUGCUAUUUCAUCAACUCCAGUAAUUGUCUCUAUUGGAAACUUCCAUUUUAAUACUUAACAUAUUAAUGUUACUGACCUGUUUAUUAUGACAUUGCACUGGUAUCAGCAAGAAAGUAGUAAUAAAGGCUCCAGGUGGUGCAGGUUCUGCAUUUCAGAAGGCAGAGGAUGGGGCUAGCAACACAGGUCCAAUGAGGCAAACAACUUUGAUGACAUAACAGCUUCAGGUCUUAGAUGUUUUUACAGGUUGUCUCCAUCAAGGCAGAUGAAUGUUUUUACUGGUUGUGCUGGAUCUGCCUUAAUGAAGAAUGGAUUUACAGGUUGCAAAAGUAUUUGGAAAAGUUGGCCAGAAGACAAAGGAGAAAGUUGGAAUGGUUGAAAAGGAGCAAAAAAGGAAAAUGAUAGAUAUGACCAAACAUGCUCGAGUCCAUCAGUCUCAGUUGCCGAGAGACAUCUGUACCAAGGAAAUAAAGUAGUGGAUAUGUCAGUUACAAUAACUCUGCUCCAAACUAUGAGCUCUGCUCCAAACUAUGAGCUGCUACUUGCUACUUCAGCAGCCCCUGAAAACUGAUAGAUAAAGCUCCUCAUGCCCACUGGUGAUCCUGAAUCUGCAUUUCAGAAGGCAGAGGAUGUGGCGCUUCCAUGGUUGGUUACAAAUUUGGUGUAGUGGUUCAGAGAUUUUCAAGUUUGGUUUUGCAGUGCCGGAGCAGAAAGUUCGCACUGCUGGAUCUGCCAUAAUGAAGAACGUUAGCAGAAAUUUCAUGAUAUGGAUUUGUAUUGUAAAUGCUUUUUAGCAUUUGUAUUAAGUUUUAUGUUUACCAUUUGCUUUGUUGUUCUAGCCUGAAAAGUAUUGAGACCAUAACAUGUGUCCCCAAUUAGUUAGACAUACUUGAAUUUGCGGUUUCACCUUUUCCUCUUUGUAAAAAUUAAAAAGAUUGUAAAUAGAUAAAAACUUUUGUAUGGUGACUGAUGCAUAAAGUUCACUGUUCGUUAUAUAUGUAAUCUUGUUUCUAGAGUUUUACAUUUGGUCAUUGUUAAUUGGUUGGUGCACCAAAUUAUUUUCUCAAGCUUUCUUUGUUGGGUUUCAAUUUGCUAUUGCGUCAAUAUGGUAGAAGCUGUCCUUACUGAUAUGAUUGAGAAUCUCAACUCCUUUAUCCAAAAAUAUUCUAGAAUGCUUUGGGGUGUCAGCUGUGAAAUGGAGAAGCUCCCAAUAAUCCUCUCAACAAUCUAUGCUGUGCUUGAAGAGGUGGAGGAGAGGUGGUGAAGAGACAGGGCAAUCUAGAAUUGGCUUCAAAAGCUUAAAGAUGUUGCAGCUGAGUUGGAUGACAUUUUGGAUGAGUUGGAUGAAGUAUCCAACACCUCACCCGGCUUACAAAGCUUGGAAAUGAAACUUUGCCCUGUAUCAGUGGAACGAUGUAGAAAGGUAACUGGAGAGGACUGGCACAAGAUAGCCCACAUUCCACAUGUUGAUAUGCAGAAUCCAUGCUACAGGCAAUACAGGCUGCAAAUUGUUGCUUCAA